AUGCGCCAGCGGACCGUCGUUUUGAAAAAAAUAGCAGGGCCAUUUGCAACUACAAAUAUUGCGAAACGCACUUUCAGGGAGAUAGUUUUAUUGAAAAACUUGAAGCAUCAAAAUGUACGUAUUCUAAUUUCCUCAUCAAGCCUUGGGACUAACACAACAGAUCGUCAAUUUGGUGGAUAUAUUUAUAUCGCCUUCAGAAGAUAUGUGCGCUGUCCCGCCAUUAUGAUGGUGAGCUGUGCUGAACCUCAUUCUCAGUUAUCUCGUCAUGGAGUUCAUGGAGACGGACCUAAAGACGUUGUUGGAAGCGAGGCCCAUCGGAAACGAAUUUGCUCAGUACCUUGUCUACCAGGUCAUGCGGGAGUGAUCCACCUCGACUUGGCACCAAGUAAACUCUUAGUAAAUCGGAAUUGUGAUCUGAGGAUAUGUGAUUUUGGACUGGCGCAGGGCCCAAAGCUGUGGCAUACUGGCUACGUUCGGGCAAUGUACUACAAGGCCCCCGAACUCUUACUUGAUUGGGAGGACUGUGAUGGACGGAUUGAUGUCUGGAGCUCAGGAUGCAUCCUCGCUGAAUUGAUUCUAGGAAAGCCUCUUUUUCCAGGGGAGAAUUCUAUCCAUCAACUUCACGCUAUCACCGAGUUGCUUGGGUCACCAUCGGAAGAUAUUCUAAGGAAUAGAAACGUUAGAAGGGUCUGUACGGUGGAUAUCCUAGUGGUGACGUUCCCACUAAUGAUGGGAAAUCACCAGACAGAAGAUAAACACCAAUCUUACUCUCCGGGACCCUCGUGGCACACUCGCAAUCUCGUCCACUCGUUCCCAAGGAGCGAGGGCAAAUCACUUUCUGCCAUUUUUUCAGGCGUUGAUCCAUUAGGGAUAUUUGUGCUGACUGCUUCAGCUGUCGACUUCCUCAGAAAUACACUUGUUUUUGACGAUCUCAAACGAGCCACUGCCGAGGACACUCUCAAGUUUCCGUAUUUGGCACGUUAUCACGACCCUGCAGAUGAGCCAAAUGCCCAAAAGAAGCUUGAUUGGAUGUUCGUUGGGAUCGAUACUUCAACUGAUGUCUUGAAAGCGAAAGUAUUCGCCGAGGUACAAGGUUAUCACGAGGAAGCGAAAUUACAGGAGUCUGUUCGUCUGUGGCUUCAGAUGCAGUGUAUAACAGCGGGUUAA